AUGGACUCUCUUUGCGAACAAAUAGAUAAAUUAACAAUAAAUUAUCUUGAAGAAUUUGGUCAGUUAAUUUCGUGUAAACAAAUACUUGAAGAUACAAUAAGACAAGGAUAUUUUAAUAUUUCUCAUGCACGUGUUAUAAUGGGUGUUAAUAAUCUAUCAUAUUUGCAAUAUUCUGAAAAAGAUCCAAUGCUUGCAUCAACAAAAAUAUCUAUUUCAUCAUCACCAUUUCAAAUUGAAAAACAAACUGAUAAAGAACAUUGUAAUGAUACAUUAAAAUGGUUUGGUUUAUUAACUCCAAAUAUAUUAAAACAAGGUCAAAAAUCAUUUCAACAAACUAUUGAUUUAGCAUUAGAUGCUUGUAGAAGACAAGAAAAUAUUUUGUAUUUAAAAAAUUAUCAUCAACUUGGAUGGAAACGUUUAAAUCGUGUUCAAUCAUUGCCAUUGAAAGAUAAUUGGCCAAUAGUUGCAGGAAAUGCUAUUGCAACAUUUUCCAGUGGAUUUUUAGGAGGAUUAAUAACACAUCGUAUGGCACGUAAUUUAUCACUUAAUAUAACUGCAAGUUCACGACCAGCAACUGGUGCUUGUUUUCUUGUUGUUACUGUUGCGCAUUUAUCAGCUUAUUAUUAUACUGUACUUCAACCGAUGUUUUCUGGUGAUCCAAGAUUAUGUACAACAUGUCUGGAAAUACGUUCAUUUGCACUUGGAACUUUUUUACCUAUAACAAUGGGAGCAACUACAGCAGUUUUACUUAAUCUUUCAUCAUGUCUUUUAAAUAAAACUUUACAUUUACCACAAUUUAAUAUUCGAGCAUAUCCUGAAUGGAGACAAUUUUUUCGUCAACAUGCUUUUAAAGGAAUGGCACAUCGUCAUUUUUUUGCUUAUCCAUUAAUAAAUGGAUUUUUAGCAUCAAUGGUAUUUCUUGGACAACAUUACUAUUGGAAAAAUUAUCUUCAACAACAAUUAGAAACACUUAGUGAACAAUCAUCAUCAUCAUCAAGUAAAGAACCUAAAAAACGUGUAAGACCAUUUGGAGUUGUACAAGAUUUUUUUGCUAAAUUGUUUAGCAAUAAAAUGCCCGAGAAAAAAACAGUAACCGUGCAAACAGGCACAAGCACGUUGACCUUACUGUUGGUAGCUAUUGCUGGAGGCAUUGUAGCUGUUUCCCUUCAACCAUUAAUACUUCUAGCAUACUCACAUUUUGGUAUGCAAAUUAUACCAACAUCUUACUCACAAUCACCAAAUACAAGAUCAUUCGAACAGGUAUCUACAUCACUACCUUUAACAACAACAGUUGAGCCAGCUAUAACUACAAUGGAGCAAGAGAUGAUUACUUCUACAACUACUGCUUCUUCUCCUCCUCCUUCUACUACUACUGCUACUGCUACUACUACUGUCACUACUACUACUACUACUGCCAAAUCAAUAGUCGUAAAAAAUGAUCCAACUGUUGAUGAAGACCCGAUAUAUCUUAAAGAUGAGUCACUAACUAUAAAAGUUCCUGAAACGACAACAGCCAAACCGAUUGUUACUGAGAAACCCAAAGAAUCGAAAUCAACUGAUAAAAAAAAAGUUGACAAAUCCGAAAAAACAUCACAAUCAGUUAAAUUAGAAAAAGUGCCUCAAUCACCAGAAAUAAUUGAUGUAACUGGACGGAAUAAAGAAAUUCCAGAUGAAGUUAAAAAUUUCAAAUCAACCAGAAUAAAUAUGAUAAAAACAAAAAAAUUAUGGAUACCUAUUCCAAAAUCUAAUGGUGGUCAUCGUCGUGUACCACCUGUUUCUAUUCGUGCUGGCAAAGAGCAUGAUAGUAGUAUCAAACAUUGGUUAUUUGAAGAAUUUCUUUCACAUGAUGAAUGUUCAAAUUUAAUUAAAGUACAUAAAGAACAUGUGAAAAAAAUGAGAGAAAUCGAUCCAAUUAUAUGUUUUGAUAGUAUUCAAACACUACGUAAACAUUUAACAGAUUUACAACCAAAUACAACAGUUCAUGUUACACCUAAUGAUUUUACUAAAGGAACAACUUGUGUUAAUGCAACAUUUUCAUCUACGCUUAAACAAUGGGGUUUAAAAUGGUCUUAUUCAACAGCAUUUUAUCUUGGUGAAAGUCCGUUUUCUACAUUAUUAUCAAAACGUAUUGAAGAAGGUACUGAAUUACAAUCAACUCAUGGUGGAAAAUUUCAAAUAACAUCAACAGACAAGGGCGUUGGUUAUAAAGCACAUCGUGAUUGUACGUUAGAUGGUUUGAAACAAGAUCGUUAUGCGACAUUUUUAGCUUAUUUAAACACUGUUAUGGAAGGUGGUGAAACAGAAUUUCAAGAUUUAGAAAUAAAAAUCAAACCAAAAGAAGGUCGUGUUAUCGUAUGGAAUAAUAUGAAUGAAAAUGGUGAAUGUGAAGAGAAAAGUAUUCAUUCAGCGAAUAUUGUUGGAGAUGAAGAAGGAAAAUUUGUUCUUCAACGAUGGUAUUAUUAUGAAAAUUUCUAUUCGCUUGGUAAACGUCCACCAGAACCUGAUAUACCAGAACGAAAACCAGGUCAAGCACAAGUAUCAUGCGAUGAAUAUGAUAUGGGAAGUUGCCGAGCUUAUGAUGAAUGGAAUUAUAAUCAUUUACUAAAAUAUCGUCAUGUCAAUCAUCAUCUUGUCUAA